AUGGCAUCCCCACAACCAAUUUCUAAAUUAACCCAGGCCUUUGAAAAAACUGGUUUAUCUCCAAGAAACACAGUUUCUACAUCUCCAACUGCUUCUUAUUUAGAUCAAUACAAGCCUUCCACCAAAUCAGCAAAAACCUUGAAACCAUUCUCAACUGGUGAUAUCAAGAUUUUACUCUUGGAAAAUGUUAAUCAAACUGCUCUAGAUAUUUUUGCAGACCAAGGUUAUCAAGUCGAAUUUCUUAAAACCUCUCUCCCUGAGGAGGAGCUAAUUGAAAAAAUCAAAGGUGUCCAUGCCAUUGGUAUUAGAUCCAAAACUAGAUUAACUGAAAAUGUUUUAAAGCAUGCAAAGAAUUUAGUUGCUAUUGGUUGUUUCUGUAUUGGUACUAACCAAGUUGACUUGGAGUUUGCUGCAAAAUCUGGUAUUGCGGUUUUCAAUUCUCCAUUUUCCAACUCCAGAUCUGUUGCUGAGUUAACGAUUGCUGAGAUUAUUGCCUUAUCAAGAGAAUUAGGGGAUAGAAACAUGGAAUUACACAACGGUUUCUGGAACAAAAAAUCUGCUAGAUGCUGGGAAGUUAGAGGUAAGACUUUGGGUAUUGUUGGUUAUGGUCAUAUCGGUUCCCAAUUGUCUGUUCUUGCGGAAUCAUUAGGUAUGAAUGUUCUAUAUUACGAUGUCUUGAUGAUCAUGUCCUUAGGUAACUCCAAACAGGUUGGUUCUCUUGAAGAGUUGCUAAACAACUCUGAUUUUGUCUCCCUUCAUGUUCCGGAAACACCAGAGACUAAGCAAAUGAUUUCAACUCCUCAAUUGGCUGAGAUGAAGGAUGGUGCAUACUUAAUUAACAAUUCUAGAGGUACAGUUGUCGAUCUCCCUGCCCUUAUUGAAGCUUUGAAGGUUGGAAAAUUGGCAGGUGCAUGUAUUGAUGUCUAUCCAAAGGAACCAAGGGCAAACGGACCUCAUUUCAAUGGCGAAGAAUUACUUCCAUUUAUUGAUGAAUUGAAGGGAUUGAAGAAUGUUAUUUUAACUCCUCAUAUUGGUGGUUCUACUGAAGAAGCGCAAUCUGCUAUUGGUAUUGAAGUCGGUACCGUCUUGACCAAAUACUUGAAUGAGGGUACUUCUACUGGUGCCGUUAACUUCCCAGAAGUCUCAUUGAGAGCAUUAGAUCUUGAAGAAGAUAAUGUUUGCAGAAUCUUAUACAUUCACCAGAAUGUUCCAGGUGUCUUGAAAACAGUCAAUCAAAUUUUAUCUGACUACAACAUUGAGAAGCAAUUUUCAGAUUCAAGAGGUGAUAUUGCUUACUUGAUGGCCGAUGUCUCUGGUGUUAACCAAGACGACAUCAAGAAAUUAUACUCCGAAUUAGAAGCUACUUCUUACAACAUCUCUACCAGAUUAUUAUAUUGA